CAUAACUUUGAAAAACAACUUAUAAGCGUUUUAAAAGAACGCAGAGUUUCAGAAGAUCCAGUGACAUAAUUCCUGAUGUCUUUGGCUCCACAAAUCAGAAAAAUGACGGAAGACCAACAGAAUCAAGUAUACAUUGAAAUGAUACAAGUUAUACAAAAAGUAAAAACAUCUACUAAUUUUGACCAAAUUCAACCACAGUCCACUCCUCAAUCAAUUAACAAUAGCACUUCUAGACCCUUGCAAUACACUAACUCAUACCAGUCAUACCCAACAUACCCGUUAAAUAUUCAAUUACCAACAACUUCAUACAUUUCAAAUCCUUCACCAACACCUUCUACAGAUACAAAUAUGCCAAUAUACUAUGAUCAUAGACAUCAACUACAUUAUCCAGUUGCCCAAUCAUCUGCUCCUACUCCUGAACCACCUCAUACACAAACUGAUACAAUUAACUCAUACUACUCACAUAAUACAAAUCUACACUGA